GGUGAUGAUGAUUAUAUCACUGGGGCUUCUCUUUGUUGGACUUGGUAUGACAUCAGCUGCUGCUGGCCCAGGCAGCUGUGUGGGUCGAUGCGGUGAGGUUUUCAACAGAGGCCGGCAGUGUAAGUGUGACUUCAGCUGCCUGCAACAUAAUGAGUGCUGCCAGGACUUUGAGGCUACAUGCACCGUCGCACAGUCAUGUCAGGGUCGCUGUGGUGAGGUCUUCCGACGUGGUAAGCUGUGCGAAUGUGAUCCACUGUGUGUCCUCUACAACACCUGUUGCCAUGACUACAAAUUGAACUGCAACGCCACAGUGCCACUCUCACCAGAGUCAUAUCGUGGCAGGUUCCAGUCUCUAAGGGCCACAGCUUCAGGAAAGCGGAAAUCCCAGAGGAACAGGAAAUCCUCCAAUAGUGAGAGUGAGGAAUAUUUCACAGGAAGACGCCGCUGCCCAGAGCACCUUGGGGCUCAGUGUCAGGGUUCUUCAGGCCUCCUCAACUCACUGACUGUUGGCUUAUCUGACUCCACCCCUUCUGUUGUAUCAGCCAAUCAGCUACAACAUGGUGUGAGUAGCAUGCCUGUUGGCCUGCUGCCUGUGAUAGUCCCUUCCUCUCACAGCAGAGCUCCAUACUCACCAGCACCUGGCUCAUCUCUGCCCAUCAAUAAUGCUCCGUCUCUGGGCAUUGGUGCUCCAGUGAGCCCCCUGGCUGCUUCAUCUAUGCUUAGUCAAGGCCUUGGUGUUCCAGCAGGUUCCAGACCCAGCACUCUUCAAGAUGUAUUACAGGGCUUGGGGCAUGGAGGAUCUGAAGGACCAGGAACAGGGGUCUUUGCUGAUGUAGACCUAUGCAGCCAUUCUCCCAUCAAUGGACUGACAGCGCUCAUUAACGGGACCAUUCUGGCAUUUAAAGGCGAGUUAUUCUGGUCCGUUGAUCCCAUCAGCCGCUCUGUGGGUCAGCCACAAAGUAUCACAGACACUUUGGGCAUCUCAUCUCCCAUCGACACCAUCUUCACACGUGCCAACUGCCAAGGAAACACCUACAUUAUCAAGGGGGACCAGUACUGGCGUUUAGAUGGGAACAUGGUGAUGGAGCCGGGUUACCCCAAACCUCUGGUCUCAGAAUUCCCUGGUUUGACGGGACACAUCAGUGCUGCACUGGCAGUGCCGGCCACCAGGAGCAAACCAGAAACUGUGUACUUCUUUAAGAAUGGAGAAAUUUUGCAGAGCUUCACAUUCCCACCAGACAGCAUUCCUUCCUGCAGCAAGAAACCAAGAAAUUCCAUGAAUACUGGAGUUCUUCUGGGUGGAGAGAUCAACAUCAAAGUGUCUCUGAAGGGAUUCCCCACCCCCAUCACCUCUGCUCUGUCCAUGACCAGCCCUCAGGGGAGCGGCGGAUACCAUCACUACGUCUUCUCUGGACGUAAGAACAAUCAGAGCAUUUUAUUUAUACACAUUAAGUUUUAA